ACAGCUAUAGUUUUCAGGUGCCAAAAGUUGGAAACUCAGAGAAUAGGUACAAUACUGUAAUACCCUCAAAUAUUCUUUAGUGUUCGGAAUCAGAUUCAGAAUAUACUAUGAGGAAUUGGGUUGUUUUGUCGGAAUAUUCUUGAGAAAAAUCGGAACAUCUGUAGCCAUGGGUUGACAUCAAAAUCUUAUAUCUCCCGAACACGUGUUUCUAAAUGGUUAUUACAGCGUGAAACGAUUGUGUAUAUUUCUGAUUCCAAAUUGUUUGGAUUAAUAUAAUAUCAAUGUUGGAUUUCACUUUCCACCUAAAUAAUGUAGGAUGAGUUGUGUGCGACUGGUGCUUUUUCUGUUCUGUGUAGCAACGGAUCUGCAUGUUGGAAGAGCGCGGAUGGAGAAUCGACAAAUGCGAUCAUAUCGACAGCUUUGCCCACCCGGUUGCACUUCUUGCUCUGCCAUUAACGGAUGCAUCACGUGUCAACCCAACCUCUUCCUGUUCCUUGCGCGGUCCGGUAUGCGCCAACAAGGCAUCUGUACACACAGCUGUCCAACCGGUUAUUACGGCGUCAGACGUCAUAACUACAGUAUUUGUUAUAAAUGUCAAAUCGAGAAUUGUGAGACGUGUUUUGGUCAGAGUUUCUGCACGCGAUGCAGGGAGCCCUUCCUGUCCUAUAGGGGACAGUGUAUAGACAGGUGCCCGGAGGGCAUGCACUACGCCAACUAUUCCAAAGACUGUAGACCCACAGUGGACUGUAUGGCCGGUCCCUGGGCGCUGUGGAGCCCGUGUACACGGAACGGUCAGAACUGUGGGUACCGCUACGGUAUGAUAACCCGGACCCGCGAGGUCCUGGAGAGCCCCUCCCCCAACGGGGUGCGGUGCCCCAGUCUGAUAGAAACUCGAUGUUGCCUCAUGGAGAUGAGGCGAUGUGUCGAUCUAACUUACAAUAAUUCUGAUCUCAUCCCCGAGAAAAAGAAAAAUCGUCUGCAAAAACACAAGAAAAAGAGACGAAAAAAGAAACGCAGGAGGCAUAGGAAAAGAAACAAGAAAAGGAGGCGACGACCCAAAGAUAGAAGGAAAAAGCGCAAAAAGUUUAGAAAGCGUAAAAAGUCUAGACUUAAUAUUCGUAAAAAGAAACUGCGGAUUUACAAAGAAGCUUGGAAGCAGUUUUGCCAAAAGGACGUUGUAUAUAUUCAUGUUAAUAGCAUUCUGUAGCGCAGGGAAUGAUCAAAGCAGGGCUAGUGAUGUCCCAAUUAUUAUUAUUAUAUAUUACGCAGGUUCAGAUUUUACCACAUCCAUCAUUGACAACAUGGAAUCUUCCGAAAAUGUUUCGAACACACUUCUCCAGUGUUCUAACGAGCACAACUAAGGGGGACAACCACUGAACCAGUGCAAAAGUAGCUUAUUGGCUGAAUCAAGUCAUGUGACAUAAUUUCGCAGUGUUUGACACUUGAAGGACAAUGACUUUAAAAACACGAAAAAGAAAGUUCUUUGAUGGUGAAGAAUUUACAAAACCAUUUUCCAUUGUAAAUAAUUGUUUUUGGGGUUUUGUAUGUUUUGUAUAUAUACAUGUUUGAUAAUAAAUUUGUUUUACUUUAA